CACGCACAUUUUCUCCCUUUUCCCGAAAACUAUAAAUACUUCUCUUUCUGACCCUCUCCUUUUCUUGCCCUAGACGCCUCCAUUUUCGCCGCUAACCUCCUUCUCUUUCUCUCUCCUCGAUUUUGAUUUUCUCUCUCUAUCUGCUUGUUUUGUUAGUGUUUAUUUUCUCUCUCCUAGGGUUUUGUUUUGUUCGGCGAUUGUUUGAUUUUGUCGAUGAUUUGAAGUGUUUGAGGUGUUUAAUUUGGGGCUUUUUUUGUUGUUGUUGUUGUUGGUUUGAUUUGGAUGGUUGAGAGAUGUGGUGGUGGUGAUGGAAGCAGUGGAAUUGGUGAUUCCGGUGGAUUUUGUGGCGGCGAAAUUGAUGGGUUCAGACGUUCUUGUUGGAGCUAGGGUUUGUUCUACUGAUGGUGAAGCUCGUGAUUCUGACGCUAUUUCGCAUUUUUCUGGCGCUAAAAUUGAUGAAUGCACUUCCUUACUUAGUCAUAGAGGUACUACCACUGCUUCCGGUUCAUCUUCCUGGUUGAAGAAAGCAGAUGCAGGGUCGUGUAGGAGCAACUGUGUGCCAUCGAGAUCAGUGACAGAAGAUGUAUCCCUGGCUGUAAUUGAUGGGAUAACAAGUGUUUCCACUAUGUCGAUGUCAGAGUAUGAAGGUAAACAGAUUCAACGGAAGAUGGGAAAGGCUCCAAAAAAUGGAAAUGUCUCUUUUAAGAAACCUCGAAUGUUGCAACCGGACAAUUUAUUGCCUCAGACUGAAGCUGAUGAAGCGAAGACAGAGUCAGAAAAGCUUGGUUUGCAUCUAGUCAGAUGCUCCAGUGCAGAUAAAUCUCAGGCAGUCAAACAAAAGAGCAAUAUAAAUGGCAAACGGGGUGAUAGAAGGAAUUCUAAAGUUCCUAUGAAGUCAAAAUUUGAUCCAUUUUCCCUGAAAGUUGGUUUACCAAACUCCAGUCCUGCAAGUGGAGGAAGCAAUAUUUUUGGAACAUAUGGUCUCAAGCCAGAUGUACAUGAUAUAUCAAAAUUUAUGGAUGAUAUCUCUUUGGAUGAGCUCCUUGAUGGAACCUAUAAAUGUCAUAAUUUUGGCAAAGAGAAGGGAAAGAAAGCACCACCUGCUAAUAUGACUGAGAAUAUACUUGAAUCAGUUAAAAAAGCUUGUUCUGUCAUUCGUGUUAUAGGGACACGACAGGCCAAACAAGUUGAAGAGGUGGAUACUCAGGCCAACAAGAAAACCCCUUUGUCAUCAUCACCUUCUAGUACAGGUGUUUUAAAUGGUUCUGAUGGUGAUGAAAGUAGCCUUACUGCAGCAUUAUCCAAAUGUGGAAAGGAUCUGGAGUCGUCUGUAAAGGCUGAAUUUCCUGCUGCCAAAAAGGAUAAUGUGUUGUAUCAACCUAGAGAUAUUUUAGCGAGGUUGGCACUUCCUCCACCAAAGGAUUUGGACUCUUUGUUGCAGGAUGCAGUGAAGCCAGUGGUGUCUACAAAGCUCAAUGAUUUGCGUAAUGGGAAGCCUUUAUCUCAUCGAGUUAGCUUGCCGCCUUUUCCCUGGUCCCAUAAUUUCAAUGGGCACCAUAAAUCUAAUAAUGAUGCUAUAAAAGUAUCAAAUAGAAGCAGUUGCCAAGGCAGAUGGGUAAGGAUAAAGAGCAAUGCCAGCUUUAUUGGAGGGGGCAAUGAAGAUUUUAUGGAUUUGGAUUCGCUCACUUACGAUGGUAGCCUUGUUCCAGCAGGACAAUUUAUGUAUCGACUUCCUGAUAUUGAAAGCAGUUCUUCUGCAGUUAUCAACCAGCAGUGCUGUCAGCAGAAUUCUUCUUCAGCCGUAUGUCCGACAGCAUCUCUGCCACUAUCGGAAUCUGCAAGUACAGUUCACUCCAAAAUGAAUGCUCUGCAUUCUCCCAAAGUACUGGCUGCCGCUCAAACUCUUUGCGACAUUGCCAGCGAUUGCUCAAAUCGUAUCUCAAAUGGAAUACUAAAAUGGGCUAAACAACCGUCCCAAAAAUCCAUGAAAGCUCGGAAGUCACGAUCAAGUGAAAAACCCGAGGAGUUUUUGACACCCAAAUCGGAGACUUUACUUAAUCACGUAGUAAGGAGCAUAGAGUACGGAGCUUCUUCAUCUCCAAAAAAACCUAAAAUCACGGUUGUUGAGCGCCGAGAAGAUUUUAGUCACAUACAUGCAGUUAUAGGAUUGAGCUCUGUAUCUGCUCCUAGAUCAAACAGAUCGUCCCCAAGCAGAUUGUCUAGAGAUUCUGUUGCUGAAACUAGAAACUUAAAUGGAAACUUUGUAAAACCACAAUUUAUGGCUCCUCCACCUCCUCGGGUUUUGGAUAGGAGUAACCACAACCCACAGAAGUUGAGAAAAGUUUCACCAAUGGAUUGGAACAGGACAAGAAGCUAGCUUGUAUGGAUGAUGUAGUUGCUUUGUAAUGCCAAGAUCUGUUGUGAAGUAUUAGUGACACUCCAAGAGAAACUUAGUUGAAGAUGUUAGUUUGUAUAUAUUGGUGUUUAUGUGUAGCUCAGGAUUGGUGGUGGUGGUCUCACGGAAGCGAGACCGAAAAUUCCAGUGUUGUAACAUUAUAUGUUAACAGAUUCUAGAGGUAUCUUUUUCAUGGGAUAUUCUUUGCCUUGUACAGAGCCAUUCCAAUGAGGCAAUUGAAAUUUCAGUUCCCUCUUUCCUUUGUUACUA